AUGUCUGUCGGAUUGGAGCCGGUGUGGACUUGGUUUGACGCUUGCAGUUCCCUUCCCAUCAGCGAUGCUUCACGUGUAGUAACGUCUACAUCCGGGAACUAUAGUUUGAGCUCUGUCGUCAUCCUUAGCUGCAACUCCACAGGGCAUUACACACCAUCAGGGACGCAAUUCAGUGUUUGCAUUGGGAAUAAUACAUGGAUUCCAGAUUCGAGUACUUUUAUUUGUUAUGACCAAUGCCCCUCAGAUCUUUUCCCUACGGACAUCGUACAUGUGUCGGAGAACAAAGGUGCCAAAUCGUUUUACGACCACAAUGAGGUUAUAUCGCUUUCUUGCGUUGAGGGCGCCACACUGCGAGGGUCGGACAUGGUGACAUGCAGUGAUGGCGACCUUGUGAUGGCUUCGCAACCAGAGUGCAUGGCCGAUUGUCUAUCUCCUGAUCUUGCGACUCCCGUGAGGAUCUACAGCGACGGGGAUGUUGCAUCUUUCUCCUGCCCAGCCCGAAGCACUCAACCUCCUCUAGCAACAGUUACCUGUCGUGAUGGAUCAUGGGAACCGCCCUUCGAAUGUUUUGACAAAUGUGAGAUGCCAUCUAGCGCAGACGGUGGUCUACAUCUAUCUUUCUCACCUGAUCAAGAUGGUCUCUACGAUCACGGGGAUAUCAUCGCAUUAUCAUGCUCUUUACCUGGUUACGUGAUCAAUGGUGUUAAUGUAACGAGAUGUGACAACGGAAGUUGGAUACCUUCGGGUUCGCCAUCGUGCCAGCAGGGGAGUACUAAAGACUUUUCUACUGAAGAGCAACUAAUCACCGAACAGCAGCUGACAAGUACUGUUACAGAUGAAUACCCACAGCCUACCUUUUUACACUCAACAGCAGGAGGGAUAGUCUCAUUGCCAGGUGUAACACCAGCUAUCCCCAGUGAAACUACAACAUCAAGUUAUUCUGUUAGGACUUCGGACGAGCUUACGGUCCAAAACGAAUACAUCACUGAAAUACCAUCAUCGUCGGUCAUUGGUCUAACCGACGAGCAAGCGAAAGAAAGAAAAACGACAUAUGUCCAACAGACCUUCCAAGACAUUACAGAGGCAGCCAAUAUUUUCACGGAAAUAGUCGUGGAGACGUCCGAAUCAAGGAUAGUCAAAGAACUUACGAGUCAAGCGGAGCGUGCGACCGAACCAUAUUUAUCUACCACAAGAGAAGCUACAGAGAACACAAAUACUCCUAGAACCACGCAAUAUAUCACAAUUACCGCACCAGAUACAUCAGCAGUAUUUGAUACUUUCACAGAGGUAACCGACCUUGGCGAUGGAACAUCUGAACCACUUACAACCAAAGAGUCUACAAGUCAAACCGAAUAUGUUACCGAACCCUAUCUAUCUACCACAUCGGAUGCUUCAGAGGACUUAAAAGAACUCAGAACCACUAAGAUCUUACCAGAUACGACAGAAGUAGUUGAUACCCUGACAGAAAUAACCGCCUCUAUCAUGGAUACAUCUGAACCACUUACGACCAAAGAGUUUACAAGUGAAACCGAAUAUGUUACCGAAUCCUAUCUUUCUACCACAAGAGAAGCUACAGAGAUCAUAAAUACUCCUACUCCUAGAACUACGCAAUACAUCACAAUUACCGCACCAGAUACGACAGAAGUAGUUGAUACUUUCACAGCGGUAACCGAAAUUGGCGAGGAGACAUCUGACCCACUUACGACCAAAGAGUUUACAAGUCAAACCAAACAUAUUACCGAACCCUUUCUUUCUAGUGCAAGAGAAGCGUCAGAGUACGCAAAGACUCCUAGAUCCACUAAGAUCUUACCGGAUACGACAGAAAUAGUUAAUACGUUUACAGAAGUAAUCGAUCUUGCCGAGGGGACAUCUGAACCACUUACGACCAAAGAGCUUACAAGUCAAACAGAGCAAACCAGCGAACCAUAUCUUUCUACCACAAGAGAAGCUACAGAGAACACAAAUACUCCUAGAACCACGCGAUAUAUCACAAUUACCGCACCAGAUAUGUCAGAAGUAGUUGAUACUUUCACAGAAGAAACCGACCUUGGCGAGGGGACAUCUGAACCAAUUAUGACCAAAGAGUUUACAAGUCAAACCAAGCAAAUUACUAGACCCUAUCUAUCUACCACAUCGGAGGCUUCAGAGAACAUAAAUGCUCCUACAACCCCAAUUGCCGUAACAGAUACGACAGAAGUAGUUGAUACUUUCACGGAGGUAACCGACCUUGGCGAGGGGACAUCUGAACCACUUACGGCCAAAGAGUUUACAAGUGAAACCGAGCAAAGUACCGAACCCUAUCUAUUUACCACAUCGGAGGCUUCAGAGGACAUAACAGAACCUAGAACCACUAAGAUUUUAUCAGAUAAGACAAAAGUAGUUAAUACGUUUACAGAAGUAAUCGAUCUUGGCGAGGGGACAUCUGACCCACUUAUGACCAAAGAGCUUAAAAGUGAAACCGAAUAUAUUACCGAACCCUAUCUAUCUACCACAAGAGAAGCGUCAGAGUACACAAAUACUCCUAGAACCACGCGGUAUAUCACAAUAACCGCACCAGGUACGACAGGAGUAGUUGAUACCUUCACAGAAGUAACCGAUCUUGGGGAUGGGACAUCUGAACCACUUACGACCAAAGAGUUUACAAGUCAAACCGAGCAAAAUACCAGACCCUAUCUAUCUACCACAUUGGAGGCUUCAGAGGACAUAAAUACUCCUAGAAUCACUCAGAUAUUACCAUAUACGACAGAAGUAGUUGAUACCUUGACAGAAAUAACCGACUCUAUCAUGGAUACAUCUGAACCACUUACGGCCAAAGAGCAUACAAGUCAAACCGAGAACAUUACUAGACCCUAUCUAUCUACCACAAGAGUAGCUACAGAGAACACAAAUACUCUUAGAACCACGCAAUAUAUCACAAUUACCGCACCAGAUACGUCAGAAGUAGUUGAUACUUUCACAGAAGUAACCGACCUUGGCGAGGGAACAUCUGACCCACUUACGACCAAAGAGUUUACAAGUGAAACCGAAUAUAUUACCAAACCCUAUCUUUCUACCAGAAGAGAAGCUACAGAGAAAACAGAUAGUCCUAGAACCACGCAAUAUAUCACAAUUAACGCACCAGGUACGUCAGAAGUAGUUGAAACUCUCACAGAAGUAACCGAACUUGGCGAGGGGACAUCUGACCCACUUACGACCAAAGAGUUUACAAGUGAAACCGAAUAUAUUACCAAACCCUAUCUUUCUACCACAAGAGAAGCUACAGAGAAAACAGAUAGUCCUAGAACCACGCAAUAUAUCACAAUUAUCGCACCAGGUACGACAGAAGUAGUUGAUACCUUCACAGAAGUAACCGAUCUUGGGGAUGGGACAUCUGAACAAAUUACGACCAAAGAGUUUACAAGUCAAACCGAGCAAAAUACCAGACCCUAUCUAUCUACCACAUUGGAGGCUUCAGAGGACAUAAAUACUCCUAGAAUCACUCAGAUCUUACCAUAUACGACAGAAGUAGUUGAUACCUUGACAGAAAUAACCGACUCUAUCAUGGAUACAUCUGAACCACUUACGGCCAAAGAGCAUACAAGUCAAACCGAGAACAUUACUAGACCCUAUCUAUCUACCACAAGAGUAGCUACAAAGAACACAAAUACUCUUAGAACCACGCAAUAUAUCACAAUUACCGCACCAGAUACGUCAGAAGUAGUUGAUACUUUCACAGAAGUAACCGACCUUGGCGAGGGAACAUCUGACCCACUUACGACCAAAGAGUUUACAAGUGAAACCGAAUAUAUUACCAAACCCUAUCUUUCUACCAGAAGAGAAGCUACAGAGAAAACAGAUAGUCCUAGAACCACGCAAUAUAUCACAAUUACCGCACCAGGUACGUCAGAAGUAGUUGAAACUCUCACAGAAGUAACCGAACUUGGCGAGGGGACAUCUGACCCACUUACGACCAAAGAGUUUACAAGUGAAACCGAAUAUAUUACCAAACCCUAUCUUUCUACCACAAGAGAAGCUACAGAGAAAACAGAUAGUCCUAGAACCACGCAAUAUAUCACAAUUAUCGCACCAGGUACGACAGAAGUAGUUGAUACUUUCACAGAAGUAACCGACCUUGGCGAGGGGACAUCUGAACAAAUUACGACCAAAGAGUUUACAAGUCAAACCGAAUAUAUUACCAAACCCUAUCUUUCUACCACAAGAGAAGCUACAGAGAACACAAAUACUCCUAGAACCACGCAAUAUAUCACAAUUACCGCACCAAAUACGUCAGAAGUAGUUGAAACUCUCACAGAAGUAACCGACCUUGGCGAUGGGACAUCUGAACCACUUAAAACCGAGGGGCUAACAAUAAGUGAAACCGAGCUUAUUACCAGACCCUAUCUAUCUACCACAAAAGAAGCGUCACAGGACAUACAGUCUCCAAGAACCACAAAGAUCUUAACAUAUACCACAGAAGUAGCUAGUACUAACACAGAAGUAAUCGACCUUGGCGAGGGGACAUCUGAACCACUUAAGACUGAAGAGCUAACGAGUCAAACCGAUUUUAUUACCGAACCCAAUCUUCCUUCCAAAUGGGAAGCGUCAGAGGACAUUAAUACUUCUAGAACCACAAAGACCGUAUCAGAAACGACAGAAGAAGUUGAUAUUUUUACAGAAGUAAACGAUCUAGGCGAGGGGACAUCUGAACCACUUACGACUAAAGAGUUUACAAGUCAAACCGAGCGUACCAGCGAACCAUAUCUUUCAAGCACAAGAGAGACUGCAGAUGAGUCAAGGACUCCUAUAACGUUAAAUGAGGACCUAGAUACUGACAUAAUGGCAAGUAUUAUGACAGAUGGAAUAACAACAGCACAGUCUCUUUCAGAAGUUUCACAGCUAAUCCCAGUGACCAGUGAUGGAAAUGCAACGUCGGAAAUAAAUGCUAUCACACUAAGUACGGUAUAUGAGACAUUUUCUAAUGUCAUGACAGAGAUGGUCAGUAGUGAACUUGCUAUUCAACAUAAAUCAAUUACAUUGCCAGACGUAACAGAAGGAGAAGCUACAUUGACCCCUGAUACCCUCAAUGAUAUCGAAACAUCUUCAUCAACAAUAUCAGUCCUGGAUUCAAGUACAAGUGAACCUGUAACACUAGGGACACCUACUUACCAGGAACGUGCAACUGCAAAGACAACAAUUGGUAUUGAUACUAUCACAGAAUUGGUAACAGAUAUCGUCGAUAUAACCCUCUUAUCAAACACCCAAGAUGAAAUAUUGAGCCACAGAGGAUAUCAACGAGACGAGGUUACUGAGACAACAGCCAGUCGAUAUCCCGAUACCAUUAUGACAACUGAAUUUGAAGGUACCCAGGAACCCGAGUUACCUAGUGAUCUUCAAACGACUUUGAUACCAAGAACUGAUCCAAUCACUUCCCACAGACCUACCGGGCAAUCGUCUGCGGGCACAACGAACGUGGAAAAGGAGAUAAAUAUAAGACUCACAAUAGAAACAGGGGAACCGACAACUGAGUUUUCUACAGAUGUGGUGCCACAAUCCUCAGAAACAGGCUUCCCGACCAAUGAGGUAACAUCAGAAAAGAUGGUGAAAUCUACUACAGAGAGGACUCACUCUGAUAUUGUGAUCGAAACGGAACUCGUUACAGAAACCGCUGAUCCUGCAUCAAUGUCUACGAGUCCAGGUGGUGGAACGAUCGAAUUGACUACCAUUGAGGGAUUUUUUAUGGAUGAACUAGGAGAGACAACUGAGCCUAGUAGAUCAGUUGCAAUUACAGAAAUCGUUACACAAGACAUAGUGACCGAUCAGACAAACAACAUCAACAUAACUACAGAUAGUAAGGAGACUAUCGACUCAGAGAUGUAUGCUGAUGUUGUGUCAACCAUUAUACCAGAAGUAACACAAACUGUUCGGGAUUCAUCAGCUGAAAAUGGAACGAUCAUGCCACCAGCAGCUACAGAAGUAACAAGGCAUUUUGAACUAGGCAUAUCAGACGCAACUACUAUAGUAAAGGAUAUUACAGCGCCCGAAAUAAGAACAGAACUAAGAGCCACUGAACGUGAUGGGACACCACCUAAAACAUAUGGGACGACUUCAAUGGAAAGUAUCACGACCAAAUACCAAAGUACCAUGUCAGGAAAAGAAACAGAGACAGAAAUAAGUACAGAUAUCGUUACAUACGUGACUGAUCAAACUUUAGGUCUAGCAAGGUCGGAUGUUGCAGGACCUAGGGGCCAUGCUACAGAUCUUGGGAGUACAAUAAUUUCAAAAACCAAAGAAGAGAGCCCAACACAAACGACAACGAAGUACAUCACCACUGGUGUGUCAGCUUUGACAGAAGUGGCAACAUCUACUUCAAUAGAAUUUGAGACGGCCAUUGUUGAUGAUACUACCGCACCAAGUGGACGAGAAACCCUUGCAGGGGAGGCAGGCAUUGUGACAGAAGAUGAAACUACUGAAAGUACGGAAGCUACCCGAAUAGGAGUUGAUACCACGGAGGGUGUACAUACAGAUGUGCAUACUGAUGUCAUGACAUCCAUCGUGCAAGAAGAGACAAGCACUGUCAUUCCAGAUUCACGAGUAGGCAGACAAACUGCGACCAUACCAACCCCAAUUACUUACGAAAUAACCUCUAAAGAAGCAACUGCAUGGAUAAGUACUAAUCUAGGUGAAACGACUACGUCUGAUUUUGUAACAAAUUUCGGAACCAUUGAAGAUAUCAGUGAUACGACUCCCGCUGUUUCAUUCGAGACGCUUCUAACGGAAAGAAUCGCUUUAGAAUCACCGAGAUCAGAUUUUAUCACCGUCACAGCUGAUACAACAGCCACAGAAGAGGAUGAAAUUACAACCGAGCAACAGUUAAGAACAACGGUCAAUAAAAGCCCUUCGGAAAAGGCGACCUAUCCUGAAGUAGAAACACAUACUGAACCUGCUGAAACAUUUGUAACGGAAAUUAUCGAUUACACAUUAGGAGAUGACAUUAUUAGCCCAGAUAAUACCGCAGAAACGAAGUUUUCUACAACAGCGCCAUUGUCCAUCAUCACUGCCACAGAGAUUACUACAGCUCUGCAAAAUUCAACUCUACGAUCGGCAAGCACUACUGCAGACUACACAAGUUUUAGCACUGAUGAAACUGUAGAACCAAGUAAGUCAGAUGAAAGUACAAGUCCUGCAGAGGCUACCACGGAGGAACAUAAAGUUGGAAGUACAACAGCAGACAAACUUGCUACCGACAGCAAGAUGGCCCAAGAAACCGAAUGGUAUACAGAUAUUGUAACGUCUAUGAUAUCGGAAAAACCUAAUGAUACUGCCUCAUCUUAUGAUAUCAUUACAAAAGAUGGGCAGAUUAAUAUCACAAGAACAACCGACAAACCGUCGAUUACAGAUAGUUAUAAGGACCUAACCGACGUCUCCGUUCUGGCCACGACUGAAGGUACAUCUUUGAUUGGAGGUGAUGUCACAACACGUUCCAGCCAUGAGAAGACACAAACAACCACAUUGCAUGUUAGCCCAGUUCAGAACGUUUCAGAGGUAAAGGAAACCACCGACAGUCUGUAUACAUCUAUGGGCACCGACGAGGGUACUGAUAUUGCUUCACCUACAUUACCAGCAACUAUUGAUGUCAGUACUGAAGCAGGAAAGAGCAAAAUUACAACAACUAGCCCAAUAACUAUGGAGACCAAAGUGAUUCUAGGAACUGAAUGGUACACUGAACCUCUGACAUCCGUUGUAACAGACAGUGACCCAAUAGCACAAGUUUUACCGUCAAGUACAAUCAAAAGCUUGCCGACAGAAAUUACCAAUGAUCUUAGGAGUACUGAACAAUAUCAUGCUAGUACAUCUUUAAAACAAGACGAUAUCACGUCACCUGCUCUAGGAACAGAACCACUAAUAAACAUCCUUACUAGUGAGAUAAUUCCAAUGAGAGAAACAGAAAGGAUGACCACUGACUUCCCUGAUGCAACAAGAGAAGCAACAUAUACAGCUUUUGCCACUGAAACAGUAACAGAUAUAUCAACUCGGCCUAAAAUGUCAGGCAAGUCGGAGGUUUUAAGCACAUUAGAUAGUAUUUUAAGGGAAGUAGCAACUGAUGGAACUGCUUCACUAGGAACCCAUUCACAAACGGAAACUGAAACUGAAGAGACUGUUACCACGCCUACGUUGACUGAAAUAGUUCAGGAAGUAACAUAUAUUGAUAAUCACACUCUUGGACCGAGUAGUCCACAAGAAAUCAUAACCGCACCAGAGGACAUCCCACAGAGAACCACAGACAAGCCAUUUGAAAUGCCAGAUACGACACCUGGAGGAACCAUCACGUUCACAGAACUUGUAACCAGUGUCUCUAAUGGAACGACAGGAUACAUUGCAGGACAAAUGACUGGACUUACUUCACCGAGUCGUAUAAAUCCCGACAAUAAGGUCACAGAAAACGCCGAGUGGUAUACUGACAUUAUAACCUACACUUUAACAGGCAGUGAAAGGACGAGUGACAUAAUCCCAACAGUUAAAAUCACAGAGAGCGUAACAGCUGACAUCAUAGAAGCCACCAACACGCAAUUCACAUAUACAGAAGAUCAUUCAACGGAAACGAAAUAA